AUGGAUGUGGUUUUGGGCUCUUGGUUGGUCUUUUGGAUUUGUGGACGUGGUUGCUUCUGGUUCAAGGAAGGUAGUUCUUGUUUGUCUGAUCGAUCGAUGAGGGAUUGA